AUGACUUGGCACGCCCACCUUGCACUGGUGUUAGGCUUGGUCUGCCUGGCAUCAGCCGAGUGCACCGGCAUGUCAGACGACUGCUCCGCCAACCCCAUACCCCUACGCCAAUUCAACCCCCUCAACUACCAAGCUGCAUCAUGCAAUCUCAAGUGGAACAACGCCUGCUUCAAAAUCAAGAACGGUCAGAAGCAGCAAAAGCCUCCUCCCUACUUACUCUGCACUUCCGGGCACCAUCCCUCCGGACUUCUACCCGUUGACGCCUACACGCUGGCGAUGCAGAAGGGUGACUCUGAUUCUACUAAAUCAGCCAAGUAUACGCUGCACGGUCUUUGGCCCAGCUCUUCGGGAGGAAAUGGUGCAAAAGACCAGCCAUAUGGGUGUCUCCACGGCGAGGAAUUUGAUGAGACGAUUCUCAAGACGUUUCGUACUCUGCUGAACUACUUUUGGCCGACGGACCCAAAGUUCGGAAACACAAUGCAAUGCUUCAUAUUAUCAGAGUGGAUGAAGCACGGCACCUGCGCUGUCAUCCCUGGUGCGGAUGGCAACGCAUUCCGUCUGUCGCAGGAGACUUAUUUCCGCACCGCGUUUGUGCUGGCGAAUGAGUUCAAUGCCAACCCCGAUUUGCGUCAACAGCUUGAUGAUCCCAGUUCAGAUGACCUGGAGUCGAAUGUCAGCGCAGGCUGUGUGCAGUGCGCGUAUCUCGCAACCGUGGGCUGGGAGGGCACUGAUGUACAGAGCGUGCCGCGCAUGUCGGGCGAUUGUGUUGAUCAGUGCUUUUCGUGUGGUGAUAGCUGGGACUUAUGUCCGCCAGCGCAGCUCGAUAGCACUGUUCAGCUUGAUCCGAGCAAUGCGCCGGUUGACAGCGAAGCCAACAGCGACGGAAUGGACAAUUUUGCUGUGCUUGACUUUGCCAUGCCAGCUUUUAGCAAGAGCAACAAAAUAUCACCGUGGGAGGGCACAUGGCGCUCUUUCGGCGCUGAGCAGGGCGGGUCUGGCAAGUUUCAGUUCGCACAGACUUUUACCGACAAGUCCUUGACGGUGACUACGGACAGUCCGUAUCCCCAGAGCUGCAGCUAUGAGCGACGCGGGUCUAAAGAAUUGGUUCUGCGAUGCGGUGGAAACAGACUUGAGGAGUGUUUGGUGCAGCGACUGCCAGAUAUUGGCGAGCUUGAGGUGGCCUUCCUGGCCUGCAAUCACACUGGUCAGCCGGCGCCGGCGAGCUUCUACGCUGCGAUGGACACACCUGGCUGCGGUAACUUUCUCAUGUUUCGCUGCAAAGCAUCAGCGAAAGGAUGUUCCUUUUCUGUGGAUGCCAAGUCAGCGUCAUCCAAAUCCGAUACCAAGGCUGAGUCUAAGUCUGAGCCUAGCCCUGUUAGCCACUCCCAGCCUGGCAUUGCCGGCGCACCUACGUCGCUUCUGGGUUUUUGGCGUUCACUGCAAGUAUCCAAGCACUAUGAGGAAGGCCUCGCGAACUGGAGCUUUACAUCCGAUGGCCAAGCAACGCUCAAGUGGCCUAACCACCCUGAGCGCGGCGUGGAAAGCUAUUCAGUCUCUCACUCUAGAGAGGAUCCUAACCAUGUCCUUCUCGCCACUGCCAGCGGCGCUAUCACUACCUGUCGCUUCAAGUUCCAGUACCAGCCAGUACACUCCUUCGCUGUGCUUGACUGUACAUCAGGAGACAAGAAGACGCAGUGGGCCAUGGGACGGUGUAAUCCAUGCAGCGCCGAGUGUCGCUACUCAUGCAGUGCCGAGAACGAUAACUGUGGUGCCGGAUCGUGCGACCUCGCUGAUUCAUCAUCUGCUGGUGCACUGCCCCCGCCAAAGGAGCAUAGAUGGUGCACUCCCGAGGACUCCAGCUGCUGGCCUACCAAGACGGCUAUCAAGAAGCUAGAGAAAGCUCUGGACCCCAGUGUGCCCCGUCUCGGCGUCCAGUGGAGCAACUACCCAGCGCCACAGCCCGCGCCAGUCCCAACAGGAUCGAUCGACAACCAGGCUUUUUACGGUCUAGGUAGCACGGGUCUCAAGGCACUCUACUAUUACGAGAAUAUCGAUGACAUGCGGCGUCCAUGUUUCAACAUCCAAGACGGCGUGAGUAUCUGGAACACUGCCUCCGAAAUGUGCAAGGCAGCACUGCACCAGAAUGAAUACCGCAACUGGAACCCCUACAUCGUCGUCUUCCCACUCAACCAGCGUCAUAUAACAGCAGCGCUCAAAUUCGCCGCGCAGCAUCGCCUGUGCAUCGCAACAGCUGGCACUGGCCACGAGUACAACAGCCGCAACUCAUGUCCCACCGGCGGCAUCCUUAUCCGCACGAUCCUGCUCAAGAACAAGGAGUUCCUCCCAACCUGGAACGAGGAUCCAGAGCUGGCUCCCGCUGGUGCAUUCCGCUUUGGCGCAGGCUCCAUCUUUGCUGAGAUGCAUGCUUUCUCUUCCAAGCAUGACCGUGUCGUGGCGUCGGGGUGGUGCUCUACCGUUGGCAUGACGGGAUAUCAUCUCGGCGGCGGCCACGGUCCUUUUGCACCCUCCAUGGGCCUCGGAGUCGAUAACGUGUUGGAGAUUGAAGUUCUGCAAGUCGGUCGCAAUGCACAUGGCCAGGCUGUCGUUCACAGGAAGAUCGUCAGUCGUCGGAAGAAUCCUCAGCUGUUUUGGGCCAUGCGCGGUGGUGGCGGCGGUGUCUGGGGCAUCAUUCUCUCCAUGACGCUGCGCGCUCACGCUGUACCUGCUGGAGGUCUGAGUCGUGUCUUCAUGUCUCAGACCGGCACGUUUUGCCCUGGCUCGAAAGACAAGUUUGGAUAUGAGUGGCUGCGCGAGAUGUGGCCUCGAUUUGCAGAGUGGCAGCUGAGGCUCAACUCCAAGGUGAGCACGCAGCCUGGGUUCUUCAUUGACACCAGUAAGUACAAGAAGGGGGAUCUCUGCACUGCCACCUGGAAAUUCAACUUUGAGUACUUCUACGCUGGAGGCCAGAAGGAGGAGGAGUAUGUUAUGUUCCGAGACAGUCUGAAAGACGUGCUGCAGACACAGACUGUUCAGGAGAACAACUUCAACUCGGCGUAUGACUAUCUUCUUUCUAUGCCGCCGAACAAGUUCCAGCUCUCGGUCAUGAACCCGCUGCCAGCUCCACACGAGCCCUCCGACGAUGCCACGGGCUCUCAAAACUCCGUCUUUGUCUCUAGAGAAGAUAUGGAGACAAAGUUUGCUUCGACGAUGAUGGACGUGCUGGACAUCUGCGUAAACAGCCUCAAAACUCCCGACAGAACAUCCCCUGACCCGAUGGGCUACCGCUGCGGUUUUCACUACCUCUACACGUCAAUCACCGGCAAUCUCGGCAGUGCACAGCCUGAUGACACAGCUAUAUCUCCCGGCUUCCGCUCAGGUCUGAUGUUGUGGAACGCGCGCACGUUGUCGACGAAGCAGUGCGAGGACACGAUCUACAAGCUUGGGAGGAACAGUUAUUUCUCUGAGAGCUCGUAUGUGAUGCACAACUGGACGGAUAGGUACUGGGGUGAGAAGAGGUAUGAGCAGUUGCUGGCGGUCAAGAGGGCGCACGACCCCGGGAAUUUAUUCUGGUGCCAUCAUUGUGUUGGGGAUGAUCCUGAUGAUGCCUAUGGGAAUCCGCUGGGUGUGAAGAAGGAGAAGGAGAAGGAUAUCAAGGUUGAUCCGUAUAAGAAGGAUGAGCUCUAG